AUGUUUAACACAUAUACUUGGAGGGAAAACCCACGACAACAAAUCAGACAAGUGAGAUGGAAUCCUCCAGACGCGGGCUGGAUUAAGAUCAACUCGGCUGGAAUAUGGAAAGAUUCAGAGGCGGAGGCCGGAGGCGUCAUCAAAAGUGCAUAUGGCAGUCUACUAAAUGGGUACAUGAUGAAGAUUGCUGCUAACGCGAUCAUUGAUGCUGAGCUGCAAGCUCUCUCAAUUGGACUUGACAUUGUAAAGGACCAAGGAAGACCAACCUGGAUUGAGCUGGGUACAAAGCAGGUAGUCUCGUUGCUAAGUUUGAAAAGGUUUGGGGCAGCCAACCUGCGUCGCCGAGUAACUGAUAUCCGCAACAAGAUUAGGCAAAUGGAAGUGAAAUUCUCGCAUAUCCCGACUCAAGGCAACAAGGUUGCGGUGGUGCUAGCGCAGCAAGGCAGUAAAAGGGAGAAUGGGAGUACAUUCGGACAAACUUCUGCUCCAGCAAUAGUGACCGCCCUGAUCAGAAUGGACCAACUAGGAUAUCCGAGCUUCUGGGUCCGAGAGCAUAAUUAUGAACAACAUGGGUAG